GUCCCUGGUCUCGGUAGCCUCAAGGUUGGCCCAGAUCCAAAGCGCUCUACGCUGGUAUUCGGCAUCAUCAACGCGGUGAAGCCACUCGAGGCGAGAAACUUUACGGUCAUGCUUAUUGCACGGCUCGCGCUUUCGUCGUGCCGUGUUUGGCUUGCUUAGGCGGGAUGUGUGCGUCGGUCACAGCCGUUUCUGAUAUUGAUUACUCCAUACCUAUCUAUAUCGCUACGUCCAACUUCGUCCGGAGUCGGUCGUACAAAGGUGCUAAGGUGGCGGGUGGAGGAUGCCGUUCUGUACAGGUUGCGGUUGCGGUACAUGCGAUUCGAUUACCUACUCUAGGUACCUACGCUACACUGCUACAGCGAGCAAGAUGUUGUAACUCGUGGUGCGCCGUGGUCUCAUUCGGACUAGUGCAUUUGCUUACAAACCUUCAUUCACCCUAUUCCCUUGGCAGGCCAGGCUCGUCCGACGUAUCCGGGCGACUAUUGUUGUGCAUCAUCAUCAUCGGCAUCAUCAUCAUCAUUUAUCCCACGCAGCUGUGCAUCUAGCUUUGCGCCGCUUCAAUAACUUAAUACAGACAAAUAGCAAAUAACAAGCGAAGAGUUAAAGCUCUUACGAGUAUUAGUUACAAUCCAUCGAUAACCACUCACCAGUAAUGGCCGGAAUACCAGUUGGCUCGAUUCAAUCCGCAUCCUCCGAGAAUAGAAUACUGAAAAUCAGAAAGAAUGAAAAACAUCCUCAAAGACCCUAUCCAAACCCGCGUUGGCACUGCAACUAGUAGUAACACCUUACCAAUCUUUCAUCAACUCGUGCCCACACAAUUCGAAGUUGACCAUAAACAUGGGCUAACCAUAUCGGACAAGCUUUUCGCGAUGAGGUAUGAUGUAAUCAGUCGCC